UUCAUUUCAAAAGUACUUCAGUACAAAAGUGUCAAAAGCAAAUAUUUGUGCAUCAACCAAACAUGGACUACCGUAAUAAAUUUUUGGCGGUAUUGGGUUUAAUUUUGCUACUGAUAGUUGGGAAAAUUUCCAUUUUGACAGAAAACGAUGUAGAAAAAAAAGAAAGAAACCAAUCCAUGCCUGAUGUUGACAUCUGUACUUUUUAUGAUUAUUCCUUUCAAAUCGAUCGCUUGCUAUUUCAAAAAAAUUACAAACCAUUAAUAGUAGUUAUAGCAGGUGAAUUUAUUGACGGAAUAAAUAGAGUCAGAAAUAUAUCUCACAGCAAAAGAAUAUUACACAUAAACAUUCCACACAAUUUUUUCACCAUAUACUGUCAAAAAAUUCUAUUAAGCGAUCAGUUGGGUGUUCAUUUCAUUUUGUUAACUUAAAGAAAGAGUAUCCAUUCUUCGAAGAUAUUUUAGUUCCUCUAAAACGAAGUUGCACCAAAUGUCCUCUGGAAGAAUAUGUAAACCAAAAACAAAAAACUGGUAAAAGUUUCUCGGAAUUAUUCACAUUACGAGAACAAUUGUUUAGUGAUAAAACAAAGUAUACACAUCCCUAAAAGCAUUCGACAAUGAUUACGCUUGCGAUUCGAUUGGAUUUAACAUUAAUUCUGAGAACAAAACUUUUUUACUCCAUUUUAAUUCAUUACUGCAAAAAACUCAAAGAAGCAAUAAUUAGGGUAAAAAGGCAAGUCUUUUCGAAAGAAGCCUAAAAUGCUUUAAGUCAAGAAAUCUAGAUGUUACGGAAGAAAUUUUUUAUGAUGAUAUUCAAGAAAAGAAUCUAAAACACCCUUUUACUGGAAUUAAUUAUUUAAACUGGAUUAACGAAACCAUAUUUUCUCUGAAUAAGAAUGAUUCCUCAUUUGGUAAUAUAUGCAAAUAUGAACACAAAAUACAUAUAUUUAAAUUAUUCUGUUUUAUAAAAGAUCUAUCACAUAUAACAACCUACAACAUAACAGCCUGGAUAGAUAGCCUACAACUUGUCGCUAAAUCACUGGUCAAAAAUUUGAAUUGGUUCAACAGUUUAAUGAACUUGUACAAAAAGGAAUAUUUCUUGAAAAAUGAUUUCCUUUUACUUGCACUUGAAAAUUUGAAAAAGCCAAUACCACAUGUAAAUGAAAAUUGGAGGAGUGUAAUGAAUACUACUUACAACUUGGUUUCAAAUUUAACGAGAGAAAAGAGUAUGAAGUCUAUUCUAAGUUCAUCCUGUUUAUUUUACAAUUAUUGGGAAACAAUCGAUGCUUUACUUCCUGAGAUGAAUUUCAAGAGAUUUGUAAUAAUCGUAGUAAAUGAUAUGUUGACUGGUGUUUGGAAAGCUAAAUCUAUUCUCGGUAAAAGAGUAGUACCAAAAUUAAAAAGAGGGGAUCUUCAUUAUAAAAACCAAUUUCUAUAUGAUGAAAUAAUGAAACAUGUUCAUCUGACUCUAUCCAAUGAUACUUAUUAUUAUGUUUAUUCAUUAAACUACGAACGAUAUCACGACGUAUUUAUUACCUAUUUCGAGUACAAAAUGAUUGCAGAUUAUUCGAAAGUUGUAUUUUACUUUGUAAAUAUUUCCAAUUAUUCUACUCGUGAUGAAGUUAAUAGUAUUCGUCCAGAUUCAGUAAUUCCCGCUCUACCAGAGAACUGUCACUUAUUCACAACAAACUGUAGGAACCGUUUUUUAAAACCCAUAUAUUUAAUUUCUCUGCAUCAAGAAUUUCACAGACACUAUCCAAAAUAUUUUUCAGAAUACGCCACUUUUUACAAUAGUUUAACAGAAUUUAAAAAUGAUCACCAUUCACAUUAUAAAGGAAAUAAUUCCACUGAAUAUGCACAGAAAUUUUAUGAUUUUUUAAAAGGACAACAAAUUUCUUACGACACUGACUAUUUAUUUCAAGAUUUACUAUGCUCAUCUUUGCGGGAAUUAAAUAAAAGAAUUAAUAUUGAUUUUAACAUGACUGAAUUAGGAAAUUUUUCCUACAUUUUUAAUCUUUUGCAAAAUGCUCAUAAAAACGUAACAUCAAUAAAUAUCGCAGACAAUGAUAAUUUGAAAUAUUUUUGUAUGAAUUCGAAUAUUUUGCAAUUUAUUAAAUUUUUUUGCUUUUUAGAAAUAAAUUAUAUAGAAGGAAUGCUAAAAUUUAUAGAUACGAAAUCGGAUUAUGUUAAUAACAUGGCAAAAAUUGUUGAAAAUGAGAAAAAUGUUGUUAUUGAAUAUUUGUCAAAGACAUUAAAAUGGAUAAACGAAAUAUUAUUGUAUGAGAGAAAUAAGAGAAUUUUAGGAAAAUCUAAUGUAUCUUACUCCGAAGUACCAAAAAUUAUCUCAAAUGGUGCUGAUUCGUUAAGGUCAUGUUAUUCAGUGGUCACGUGCCCCAUAUACUUGACUAUGGAAAAACUUUACACUGAAUAACAUGACCUUAAACAAAAUUUAUUUAAUAAUAAGAGAAACUGCACUUUAUUCUACAUGUUAUUAUAGAAAAGUGAAUAAUUAAUUAUACUACAGUUCGUCAAAAUUUCCACAACUUGAUGUUGACUUAAAUGUGGAAGCCUAUUUUUAUAGGAUUUUUGACAAUUUUGAAAUCCAUUUUUUUACAAUAUUCAAUUUUACGAAAUUCCAAUUAUUCGUAAAUUCUUCAAUUAAAUAUAAUAUUAGAAAAUAAAAACU